UUGGACUCAAAAAUAUUUUUCUCUCUUCUAUUCUAUUCUUAAGUCUCUCUCUCUCUCUCUCUCAAUCUUCGGUGCUUUUAAGAUUUUCUUGUCUAACAAAUUAACAAUGGCCGUGUCUAGGGUUUUGGUAUUCGUGAUUGUAGCAUUGUUGGUUGGAUUCUCCGUGGCGCAGCAGCCCUCCGCCGCGCCAUCUCCGCUGUCUACACCAACGACUCAGCCGCCUUCUGCAACUCCUCAACCACCGGCUUCUGCUCCUGGUCCUGCUCCAACAACUGUCCCUUCAACUCCGCCACUGGCUUCUUCCCCUACUCCCACCCCAUCUGCCGUCAACUCUCCGCCAUCUCCUCCUCCAUCAACCUCCUCUCCCUCGCCUUCCGUCGCCAUGCCGCCAGCCUCAGUUCCCGCUCCAGAGCCUGCAUCGAACGGCGCUGUACUGAACAGACUGGGCUUUGCGUCAGCCUUUGCUGGGUUCGUCGCCGUCGCUUUGGUGGCGUAAACAACCGAUUCAAGAUUAUCUUUCCAGUGAUUUAUUUUUUUGAGUAUUUAUCUACAUCAUGUUUUAGGAGAUUAUUAUUUACAAACUGAUUCUACAGUUAUAGGGAGUUUUUAUCAUAUAUUAUAUUGUACUUAAAUUAUUAUUAAUUAAUCGAUUUUUCUUCAUUAUUCACCA